AUGAGCGCGAUAGCACCAAAUAUGUUUUUAUACUCCUUAACUUUGCUUCCUCCAUCAGGUAUUAGUGCAUCAGUGGUUGGACAAUUCUCAGGUCAGAAGCAACAAGAAAUAAUUGUUGCUCGUGGAUCACGUCUGGAGCUUCUUAAACCAGAUCCUAAUUUGGGAAAAAUAAAAUCAUUGUUGUCUCAUGAUGUACAUGGAAUAAUACGUACAUUGGUAGGAUUUCGUUUAGCUGGAACUAAUAAGGAUCAUUUGAUAGUUGGCUCUGAUUCUGGUCGUAUUACAAUUUUAGAAUACAAGCCUGAUUCUAAUGCUUUUUCUAAAGUUCAUCAAGAAACAUAUGGGAAGUCAGGCGUAAGGAGAGUUGUUCCUGGUCAAUAUCUUGCAGUUGACCCUAAAGGGCGGGCCACCAUGAUAGCAUCAAUUGAGAAAAAUAAGUUGGUAUAUGUAUUAAAUAGAGAUUCUGCUACAAAUCUUACAAUUAGUUCUCCUUUAGAGGCUCACAAAAGUUGUUCUUUAGUUUUUCACUUAAUCGGAAUGGAUGUAGGGUAUGAGAAUCCCGUGUUUGCUGCUCUAGAAGUGGAUUAUACAGAAGCAGAGUCUGAUCCUUCUGGAAAGGCAUAUCGUGAAAUACAAAAAGUUCUUACAUAUUAUGAGCUUGAUCUUGGAUUAAAUCAUGUUGUGAGAAAAUGGAGUGAUCCAGUUGAUCGAAAAGCUAAUCUUCUUGUUACAGUUCCAGGUGGAUCUGAUGGUCCGUCUGGUGCUCUUGUUUGUACUGAAGGUUCUAUAUUCUAUAAGCAUAAAGGGAAGAAAACUCAUAGAAUACCUAUUCCAACACGUAUAGGUUCCUUAGAAAAUUCUCAAAAAAAACAGAUUAUAGUAUCAUCUGUUGUUCAUAAAAUGAGAGGUGCAUUUUUUUUUCUUUUACAAAAUGAAGAUGGAGAUUUAUUUAAAGUGACUAUUGAUUCGAAUGAUGGAGAAGUAGAAUCUUUAAAGAUAAAGUAUUUUGAUACGGUGCCUGUCUCUACAGGGUUAUCUAUUUUAAAAUCUGGUUUUUUGUUUGUAGCAAGUGAAUAUGGAAAUCAUCAUUUAUAUCAAUUUGAAAAACUUGGGGAUGAUAAUAAUGAAAUUGAGUUUUCUAGUGUUGAUUUUCCUGUUUUAGAUUUAAAUGAAGGAUAUGAACCUUCAUAUUUUCGUCCUAGAUCUUUGGAAAAUUUACUUCUUGUAGAUGAUUUGAAUAGUAUGAAUCCUUUGAUGGAUUCAAAGGUUAUAUUGAAUCUUACGGAUGAAGACGCUCCGCAAAUAUAUGCUCUUUGUGGUAGAGGUCCAAGAUCUACUUUUAGAACUUUACGUUAUGGUUUAGAGGUUAAUGAAAUAGUUGCAAGUGGGCUUCCUGGUUCACCUACUGCUGUCUGGACAACAAAGCUUACUUCAUCUGAUCAAUAUGAUGCAUACAUUGUGCUUUCAUUUGUUAAUGGAACUUUGGUUUUGUCAAUAGGCGAGACUGUUGAGGAAGUUUCUGAUACAGGAUUUCUUUCUUCUAGCCCAACAUUAGCAGUACAACAACUUGGUGAUGAUGCAUUAAUUCAGGUUCAUCCUAAGGGAAUAAGACAUAUUCAAGCUGAUAAGCGGGUUAAUGAGUGGAAGACUCCUCAACAUCGAAGUAUUGUACAAGUAACUACAAAUCAGAGACAAGUUGUAGUUGCAUUGUCAAAUGGUGAAAUUGUUUAUUUUGAGUUAGAUGAUGAAGGGAACUUAAAUGAGUAUCAAGAUAGAAAACAAAUGACAGGUUCUGUUACUAGUUUGAGUAUCGGUCAUGUACCAGAAGGACGGCAACGUCAUCCAUUUUUGGCUGUUGGGUGUGAUGAUAGUACUGUGCGUAUUAUUUCUUUAGAACCUGAGAAUACUCUUGAAAGUUUGAGUGUACAGGCAUUAACGGCACCUCCAAAUUCAUUGUGUAUUAUGUCUAUGAAAGACGGGAAUAUUGAAACAUUUUAUUUGCAUAUUGGUUUAUUUAAUGGAGUUUAUUUAAGAAGUGUACUUGAACUUUCUACUGGUCAACUCAAAGAUACUAGGACACGAUUUCUUGGUUCUCGUCCAGUGAAAUUAUUUAGUGUUACGAUUCAAAAUCAACUUAGUGUUAUUGCUUUGUCAUCAAGACCUUGGUUGUCAUAUAUCAUUAAUGCUUCCCUUCAUCUUGUGCCUCUGAUAUAUGAUAGCCUUGAAUAUUGUUGGGGUUUCUCAAGUGAACAAUGUUCUGAGGGUAUUGUAGGAAUUCAAGGUCAAGAUUUAAAGAUUUUUAUGGUUGAAAGGCUUGAUAAUGUUCUUAAGCAGGAUUCUAUAUCUUUGAUGUAUACUCCUCGUCGAUUUAUUAAGCAUCCUGAUGAACAUAUAUUUUAUAUUAUUGAGUCUGACCAUAAUGUUCUUCCGCUAAGUGAACGACAAAAACGAGUUGAAGGAUUGCAGAAUGGAGAUCAUAUUUUGCUUCCAGAGGAUAUUGGGCUAUCUAGAGGAUUAUCUGGAAAUUGGGCAUCAUGUAUUACAAUUUUGGAUCCUCUUUCUAAAAAGAUUCUUACUAGAAUUGAAUUAGAUGAUAAUGAGGCUGCAUUUAGUAUUGCAAUGGUAACUUUUAAAAAUCAAAAUGAUGAAAUAUUUCUGGCUAUAGGAAGUGGAAAAAAUGUUAUUUUAGCACCUAAAUCGUUUUCUGCUGCUUAUAUUAGUAUUUAUCGAUUUAUUGAUCAAGGAAAAUCUAUUGAAUUAGUUCAUAAAACUGAAGUAGAUGAUAUUCCAUUGGCUUUGCUAGGAUUUCAGGGUAGACUUUUAGCUGGGUUGGGUAAAAUGUUACGAAUUUAUGAAAUGGGAAUGAAAAAAUGUCUUCGUAAAUGUGAAGUUCGGGCUGUUCCAAACUGUAUCGUUCAACUUCAUACUCAAGGAAGUAGAAUUAUAAUUGCAGAUAUUCAGGAGUCUAUUCAUUUUGCUGUUUAUAAAUAUCUUGAAAAUCGGUUGAUAGUUUUUGCUGAUGAUGUUAUUCCACGGUGGACUACGACUUCUACAAUGUUAGAUUAUGAAACAGUAGCUGCUGGAGAUAAGUUUGGAAAUUUUUGGAUUAAUAGAUGUCCUCUUGAAGUUUCUGAAAGUGCAGAUGAAGAUCCUUCUGGUGCUCAGCUUAUUCAUGAAAAAUCAUAUCUUUUUGGUGCUGCAAAGAGAUUGAAAAUGUUAGCUCAUUUUUAUAUAGGAGAUACAUUCACAUCAAUGCAUAAAGUUCAAUUAAUUGCAGGAGGACGUGAUAUUAUUGUUUAUACUGGAAUGAUGGGAAGUAUAGGUAUUUUUUUACCUUUUGUAGGAAGAGAAGAUGUAGAUUUUUUUCAGCAAUUGGAAGCGCUUAUGAGAACAGAAGAUCUUUCAUUAAUAGGCCGAGAUCAUUUAAUGUAUAGAGGAUAUUAUGUUCCUGUGAAAUCUGUUGUUGAUGGCGAUUUAUGUGAGAGAUUUUUAAUGCUUCCAUAUAACAAGAAACAAGUAAUAGCUAAUGAGUUAGAUCGUGAAAUAUCUGAAAUAGCGAAGAAAAUUGAAGAUAUGCGAGUAAGAGUGGCAUUUUAA